AUAUUUCCCUUUUGCCCUGUGCCACUUCCCUAAAUAGAAAAUCUAAAGCAAACACUCAAAUCUCAUAUCAUAUACCUUCUCUCUAAAUCUGACUUCUUUAACUUUCUCUUGUCACACCCCAAACUAAGAUUUCAUCCCAUCCCAGUAAGUUUUUUCUUCUUUUCCUUCCCUUUCCCUGCUCAUUUUACCUCAAGUUUUCAUUUUUUGCUGGAUCUGGAUCGUUUUUCCUUCUGGGUUAAUCUUUGAAGCAGUUAUCAGGGGGUCAAUUUCUGACAAACUGUGUUAGGAAGCUGGACCAUGCUAUCUAGUUUGAACUGUUGGGGUUGCUAGUUUAAGUGUUGUUUUGGGUGGUAAAUUUGGUGCCUCAUGUCUGGUGAAACAAGAUCUGUGUUUUGAUCAGUUUCAGUUCAUAACUUAGCCGUGAAAAAUAUAUUUGGAUUUGCAUUACUUUCAUAAAUGUCGAGGGGAAGAUCUGAUGGAUCGCAAAAGAAGCGUAUAGUUGCUUAUGCUUGUGGCGUGGCAAUCUUUAUCGGAUUCUUGUAUGUGUACCAAGGAUCCAUCUUUGGUUCUCAGAAGGUUAGUUCAUCUGCACUUGAAUAUGGAAGCAAGUCAUUGAAAAGACUUGGGGUAUCAUAUUUGGGCACAGAUGAUGCUUCUGAUAGCAAGCAAGAGGAUUCUUCACCAAGGAUUGGGCUGGGAGAUGGUGAGGAUGAUAUUAUACCGAAGAGUUUCCCUGUUUGUGAUGAUAGUCAUUCGGAGUUGAUUCCUUGUCUAGACAGACAUCUUAUCUAUCAAUUGAGAUUGAAGCUGGAUCUUUCUUUGAUGGAACAUUAUGAGAGACACUGUCCUCCUCCAGAGAGGAGAUACAAUUGUUUGAUUCCUCCUCCGGCAGGAUAUAAGAUCCCUAUAAAGUGGCCAGAGAGCAGAGAUGAGGUAUGGAAAGCAAACAUACCACACACUCACCUUGCACAUGAGAAAUCUGACCAGAACUGGAUGAUCGUAAAAGGUGAAAAGAUAGUGUUUCCUGGAGGAGGGACACAUUUUCAUAAAGGAGCUGACAAGUACAUUGCAUCAAUUGCAAAUAUGCUCAAUUUUUCACAAAAUAUUCUUAAUAAUGAAGGAAGACUGCGGACAGUUCUUGAUGUUGGAUGUGGUGUUGCGAGUUUUGGAGCUUAUCUUCUUUCAUCUGAUAUCAUUGCAAUGUCCUUGGCACCCAAUGAUGUGCAUCAAAAUCAAAUUCAAUUUGCUCUAGAGAGAGGAAUUCCUGCAUAUCUUGGUGUCUUGGGAACCAAGAGACUCCCUUACCCUAGCAGAUCUUUUGAGCUUGCACAUUGUUCUCGGUGCCGAAUCGACUGGCUUCAGAGGGAUGGAAUACUACUCCUUGAGCUAGACCGAUUGCUUAGGCCAGGAGGUUACUUUGCAUACUCAUCUCCAGAAGCAUAUGCUCAGGAUGAAGAGGAUAGAAGGAUAUGGAGAGAAAUGAGUGCCCUUGUGGGACGUAUGUGUUGGAGAAUUGCUGCCAAGAGGGACCAGACUGUCAUCUGGCAAAAACCUAUUACAAAUGAAUGUUAUAUGGAGAGAGAACCCGGCACUCGCCCUCCUCUUUGCCAGUCUGAUGACGACCCAGAUGCAAUUUGGGGAGUAAAUAUGGAAGCUUGCAUCACACCUUACUCUGACCAUGACAACAAAGCCGGGGGUAGUGGAUUAGCUCCGUGGCCUAUGAGACUGACCUCUCCUCCUCCUAGAUUAGCUGACUUUGGCUAUUCAAAUGAAAAGUUUGAAAAGGAUACGGAACUAUGGCAAGGAAGAGUUGAAAAUUACUGGAAUCUGGUGGGUCCUAAAAUGUCACCAAAGAUGGUGAGGAAUGUGAUGGACAUGAAAGCAAACAUGGGUUCAUUUGCAGCUGCUCUCAGAGGCAAGGAUGUUUGGGUGAUGAAUGUUGUACCACGUGAUGGACCAAACACGCUAAAGAUUAUAUAUGACAGAGGCCUCAUAGGGUCUAUCCAUGACUGGUGUGAAGCAUAUUCAACAUACCCCCGGACUUAUGAUUUACUCCAUGCAUGGAGUGUGUUUUCUGACAUUGAUAAGAGAGGGUGCAGUCCAGUGGAUCUACUGAUUGAGAUGGAUCGUAUAUUGAGGCCUACUGGUUUCAUCUUCAUAAGGGAUAAGCAAGCUGUGAUUGAUUUUGUGAAGAAGUACCUAACAGCAUUGCACUGGGAAGAAGUUGCAACUGCAGAUGCAGGUUCAGACUCUGACCAAGAUGCCAAUGAAGUGAUUUUGGUUGUCCAGAAGAAAUUGUGGCUCACCAGUGAAAGUUUUAGGAAUACAGAAUAGGACAAGACAACCAGAAGAACCAUAUAUGGCUUUUCCAUUUCCACUUUCUUAUAAAUUAUUCUCUGCUGCUACAAGGGAUCCAAAGCAUGCAUGCCUUCAGUGUUGGAAGCAGUGAACAACAACUGCAUUUUGUAGCAUUAUUACAUAAUAUUUAUCAUUUUCCUUAUUUAACUCAUUUUUGUGAUAAUGAUGCAAGUUAUUAUUUAGCCAAAGGCACUGUUAUGCUUCUAUAGGCUAUUCAUUAUUUUGCCCUUCAUUAGGGUAUAAUGUAAGCUACUUAAUAAUCAACACAUAGUAAACUUUGUCUUGGUGAUUGAAGAUUAGGACUUGUCACACUAAUGUGUAAUAUUUAUGCAGGUCUUUUUCUGCUUCGAAUGAAAUAUUAUAUAAGUUUCUUGCUUUCA